AUGGAUAGCGCAUCUCCCAGGCGUCGGGCUUCAGCUGCUCGUCACCUUUCCUUAGAACCCUCACCUCCCGCUCAUCGUCGGCUAUCUCACGGAAGCAUAGACGCACUAGAAGCCUCUGGCCACCAAAAGAAGCGCCGUCGUACCAGUCAUUCUGGACGACAGGAGAAUGCACCCCCGGAUGCAGUUGACCUGACGGCGGCAGAGGAUAUGGACCCUGUGUCAAGGACGCAAGCCAAACAACGAGCAGAUGUUAUCCUCGCACAGCAGUCCCUAGAUCAUAACAAAGGGGAGUCUGUUCUACUUGCAUACAAGUGUCCCGUUUGCAUGGACACCCCGGUUGAUGCUACCAGUACUGCAUGUGGCCAUCUUUUCUGUCACAAGUGUAUUAUGGAUACCUUGAAGUUCAGCGAGGCACAGCGGUCGGAUAUGUCUGGAAAGGGGCCCCGGGGCACUUGCCCUGUGUGCAGAAAAUACCUCUCGCGCAAUGACUUGCCCGGACCGAAGAGGAAUCUCGUACCUCUUCAAAUCAAACUUACGACUAGAAAGAGGACAGAGACCGCGCAAUGAGCAGCCAUUGUGCAUAUCAGUUCAUGACCGUUCCAUUCAGCAACUCCCAACUCGCUUUCGGAGCAUUAUGGGUUACAGAAGGGAAACGAGACGACUUGAAGAUAUGGAAGUGAAUAUACAGCUGCCAUUCACUUUCCUCGCAUCAUGGUUAUCGGGCCAGUUACCAGUGUGUUGAAGACCCUGCUCUUGUGGAUUAUCCAUGAGGGUUAACACCGGUGACUUCAGCUUGGUGGAUUUAGAAACCUUGGCUUGAACCUGGAAAAAGGGACCAAGGCAAGAUUCGCCGUGACACGGCGAAAUUUGUAUUAAUCCGACCAGAUCGGUACAGCGAGUGUCUCGUUUUAGGCGUUCUCGGCAUACUUUAGCAUAAAUCCUGGGGCGUGGCCCGGAG